AGCGGCACCAGGAUCGACAUACCGGCAGAGCAGUUUGUGCAGCCGAAGGUCUGCGGCUUCAACCGACUUAAGGGCCCUUCCUUCUGCUUCUUAAUCAGUCACGCAUCAGGGCAGAAGGUGGUAUUUGAUCUCUCGGUUCGCCAAGGUUUUGAAAAGCUAGCCCCGACCGUGGUCGAUGCUAUUCAUAAACUCGUUCACGAUUGGCAUCUCUCCACUUCAAGGGACGUCUCCGAAGUGCUCUUCGAGAAUAACAUUCGGCUACCCGAUGUGCAAGCCAUAACCUGGUCACAUUUUCAUUUUGAUCAUGUUGGAAAUCCGGCUUUGUUUCCGGCAAGUACAGAGUUAAUUGUUGGGCCUGGAUCCACGGCGGCGGUCGGCAAUGGAUAUCCUAACGAACCGGAUGCACCUGUUUUGGCCAGCGACUGGGAAGGACGGGAGCUGGUGGAGCUUGAUUUUGGGGAGACAAAUGACACCUUGCAAAUCGGCCAAUUCAAAGCUCUCGACUGGUUCGGAGAUGGGAGCAUUUUUGUCCUCCAUACCCCGGGCCAUGCAGUGGGCCAUCUGUGUGGGCUUGCUAGGGUACUAGGCGACUCAUAUGUUCUCAUGGCUGGAGUGGCUUGCGAUGGUCACACUGCACCCUUCUUUCAACCCGCAAAGGAUUACACGCAUGAUUACAAACAGUGUCUUUCGACAUUGGAAGGCAUCGCAGAACUCGACGCCAAGGAUAAUGUCUUUGUUGUUCUCGCUCAUGACAAUCAUGCGCUGUCUAUAUUUGAAGAAAAGGAUGAUCUUGGCAUGAGAUGGCUUUUCCCAGAGAAGAGCAUAGAUUCCUGGAAAAGUAACGGACUCAAGCAAGCCAUCCGUUGGAAAUUUCUCGCCGAUUUUGGCCACUCAGUUGACUAG